AUGACGACGCUGGUUCAAGUUCUUACAUCGAAAGCUUCCGUAGAAAAGAAUCUCAAAAUGCCGACAAGCAUCUCAGACCAGAAACCCUCGUCUUCCUUGAAAUCGCACGAUAGCGGAGACUCCGCAACGUAUCAUCAUCAGUCAGAAAUCUCGUCGCAAAUGGCACAACAUGGCAACGAUAGCCAUACAACAAGCAAUUCCACAAAGAACAUAUCUCAACUAUCCGAGUCGAUCCAACGCUUGGACGACCUUCUCAUAGAGGAGACUGGUGAAUUGAUCCAAGCAGCCGCACCACAGACAAUAUUGAAUAGAGAUUCCAUCGGAAAAGACGAAUGGGACAAUUAUGAAGGUGGUUUUCCUCUAGAAGAUGAUGCUGUUUCAUACAACAUUCCACACUCUGCAGCGCCCGAAUCUUUACACAUGGUUCUGAAUGGGGGAUCCUCCUUUAACAGCAUAGAGGGUUCAGCAAGGAGCGAGAUAGCAGAAUCUGUGACGACAGUGUCACUCAGCAGCCGAGGAAGUACACCAUCCAACUCGCUACCUCGGCCUCUUUUGUACAGUGCCAUUGGAUCCUUAGAAAAUCCAAAUGCUGCAUCGCUCGGAAGCUACGCGAAAAAAUUAUCCCGGGUAGAUACAACCGGUCUGCUUCCACCUGCUUCUGCAAUCGCUCCUUCGGCGGUUGCCUCUAUUGCUAAUAAGUCCAAAAGAAGUUCAUCCUCAAAUGGCCUGAAGAAUGGAUCAUCAAGGCAGACAUCUAGUGGCUCGAAUGGGGGAAAACGCUCUAACCGCGGAGAUGGCACUCUUUCGAACGAUAGUCAAUGGGAAAAACAAAACCAAGCAGCGCAGGCAACUGGCACCAACGCUGUUGACUCUGAAGGGAAUGCUGUCAAUUCGUUACGAAAUAUUGUCCAAGCAAAGUCAAGUCUUCGUUCGCCACAAUCGCAGAAGAAGAAAAAGAAAGAAAAGAAGAAACGAGUUUCGUAUGAUCUGAAAUCGAAAAAACAAGUGGAAAUGUUUCGACCGUCCUGUGAUGCUUAUACCCCACGCAUUGAAAAGAAGAAAAUCAAGUACAAGGCUGCCGAAAAUCGAACUCCGGUCCAAACCAUGGCCACGACCAUGGGUACACUACAGCGACCGAACUUUAGGGAUGCUCUGCGUCGAGUUGCCAUGAUUAUUCACCAGCACAUUGUCAAGAUUGAACGACGCUUUGAAAGUAACGAUGCCAGACUUGGUAGUCGAGCUCUUUUCACUUCGGCGAUGAAGGAUGCCUUUUCUGAAGAAACCUUUUGCACUCCCAAAUACAAAUGCACAAUGGUACGAAUUCCUAUGGCUCGACCUGGGAUGGUCUUUGGUCUGCGAAAGAUCAAGACGAAAUACAUGAUUCCAUCAGAAAAAGAAAUUUAUGAAUUUGCACAUCAGCUCUUCAAAUCGGUACAAUUGUCGUCCGAGUGUUCGAUUGUUUGUCUCAUUUACGUUGAGCGCCUCAUGGAAGCCGCGAAAGUGCCUUUGAUGGCCUGCACAUGGAGACCAAUCUUCAUGUGCGGGUUGCUCUUGGCAUCCAAGGUAUGGCAAGAUCUAAGCUCGUGGAACAUUGAGUUUUCAUGUGUCUAUCCACAAUAUUCGCUGGAUGCGAUCAACAAGUUGGAAGUAAACUUUUUACGGAACAUCAAAUGGGAUCUGUACAUUUCCAGCAGUUUGUAUGCCAAAUAUUACUUUGCGCUAAGGUCAUUGGUCGAAAAGGUCGAUUUCCGGCAGCGUUACAAUCGAAUGGUUGGAAGGGUGGACAGUGUUGCGCAAGCGGAAGCUCUUAAAAUCCAGGAACGAUCCGAAGCUGUGAAAGAAGAGGCGCUAUCACACCUGAGUCGUAGCAUGUAA